AUGGGACCAUUCCCACCCUCAUAUAAGAAUGAGUACAUUCUAGUGGCAGUGGAUUAUGUUUCAAAGUGGGUGGAGGCAAUCGCCAGCCCCACUAAUGAAGCGCGGGUUGUGACCAAGAUGUUCAAAUCCAUCAUCUUUCCAAGGUUUUUAGUACCUAGGGUGGUCAUAAGCGAUGGCGGCACCCAUUUCAGCAACAAGGUCUUCCAAGGCCUCUUGAAGAAGAACAGUGUCAAACAUAAAGUCGCAACUGCAUAUCACCCUCAAACAAGUGGCCAAGUAGAAGUAACAGCCUACAAGACACCACUCAGGACCACUCCUUAUCACCUUGUCUACGGAAAGGCAGGUCACCUACCUGUGGAACUACAGUACAAGGCGGCAUGGGCUGUCAAACUGCUCAACUUCGAUAUCAAAUCAGCCAAGGAGAGGCGCUCAAUCAAGAUCCACGAGCUAGAAGAGAUCAUGCAUCUCGCUUAUGAGAACACAAGGAUCUACAAGGAAAAGACCAAUGAAUAUCAUGACAAGCGGAUCUUCAGCCGAAGCUUUGAACCGAAUGAUCAGGUCUUGCUCUUCAACUCCAGAUUGAAGCUGUUCCUUGGAAAGUUGAAGUCCAUAUGGUCUGGACCGUUUACCAUUAAAGAGGUCAGCCCCUUUGGGUCAGUUGUGUUGCUGGACACAAAUGGAGGAGAGUUUGUUGUUAAUGGUCAGCGUCUCAAGCCCUACUUUGCUGAAACAACAAUCGCAGAAGGUGAAGAAAUUCCCUUAGGCGAUCCUUCCACAGCCUAA